GGCAGAGCUCCCAGCCCGCACACAGGCACACCUGUCGGGGCAGCGAGAAGCAGAGGGGACUGAGGACGCAGGCCCAGAGGCUCUGCCCCUUCUUCAGGGGAAGACCCAGGUCCCUACCUGCCUCAGCAAGGCCACAAUGCACCAGGGAACUUCUUUUAGGCACCUGCUCCUGCUGCUGCAACUGGCACUGCUCCUAGGAGCCACUCAGGGGAGGGACAUGGUGCUGGGUAAGGCAGGGGGCGAGGUGGACCUGCCCUGCAAAGCUUCCCAGAAGAAGAACAUGCCAUUCAUCUGGAAAGAUUCUCAAGGAAGCAUGAUUCUGAGCACUCACAUCCCCACUCACAUCUCCGCCGGGACUUCAAAUUGGCUUAGAGGUCCCUCCAAGCUGAGAAAUCGUGUCGAGUCAAAGAAAACGGUGUGGAACCAAGGAUCCUUUCCUCUGGUCGUCAAGAAUCUUGAGAUAACAGACUCAGGGAUUUACAGCUGUACAGUGGAGAACAAGGCAACAGAAGUGGAACUUGUGGUGUUCAAAUUGAAUGCCAACUUGGAUAUCCGUCAUCGCAUCCAAUUGCUGCAGGGGCAGAGCCUGACCCUGACCUUGGAGAGCCCCUCUGGUAGAAACCCUUCAGUAGAAUGGAAAGGUCCAGGGAAUAAAGAGCGGAAUAGGGGCAAGAGCCUCUCACUGUCCCAGCUGGAGUUGCAGGACAGUGGCACCUGGACAUGCACCGUCUCCCAGGACACAAAGAAACUGGUGUUCGAGAUAAACAUCUUGGUGCUGGCUUUCCAGAAGGUCCCUGACACAGUCUAUACAAAAGUGGGGGAGCCCGUGGAGUUCUCCUUCCCACUUACCUUUGAGGAUGAAAACCUGGUCGGGGAGCUGAGGUGGCAGGAGGAGGGGACCUCCUCCCUUCAGUCCUGGAUCUCCUUCUCCUUGGAGAACAGAAAGGUGUCUACGGUUCGCAAAGACCGGAAGAUCAAGCUGAAUCCGACACUGCCGCUCCACUUCAGCCUGCCCCAGGCCUCGCUUCAGGACGUUGGUUCUGGACACCUGACCUUGAAUCUCAGCCAGGGGCAGUUGCAUCAGAAAGUGAACCUCGUGGUGAUGAGAAUGACUAAGUCCCAGAACCAAGUGACCUGUGAGGUGCUGGGGCCCAGCUCCCCCAAGCUGAUGCUGAGCUUGAAGCUGCACAACCAGUCUACAAAGGUCUCAAAUCAGGAGAAGCUGGUGCAGAUGCUGGACCCUGAGGUGGGGAUGUGGCAUUGUCUACUGACUGACAAGGACCAAGUCCUGCUGGAAUCCAGUGUCGAGUUUUUGCACUCAGAGUUAACCCAGGCCUGGCCAAAGCUCCUGGCCAUUGUGCUGGGGGCAGUAGGCGGCUUUCUGAUUUUCACUGGGUUCUGCAUCUUCUGCUGUGUCAAAUGCUGGCACCGAAGGCGCCAGACAGAGCGGACGUCUCAGAUCAAGAGACUCCUCAGUGAGAAGAAGACCUGCCAAUGCCCCCACCGGUUCCAGAAGACAUGCAAUCUCAUUUGAGGCACUGGGCCAGGGGGAGCUUCCCACUUGCAGCCUCCCCAGCUGUCUACCCUGCGUUUCCUGUUGGGCUCCUGGGCCUGCGGACCAGAUGAAUGUAGCAGAUCCCAGCACCUUUGCCAUCUCCUGCUCUCCUUGUCCACAGCUGGCCAUUGGGUCUCCUCCUCCAGAGGCUUACUCACACCACCGCUCCCCCAUUCCCUCUUCUGUUGACCCCUAGCCCUUCUUUGAUUACUUCUUCUCAACUCUGUCCCUCACGGCCCACUUGGAUCCCAGGGGAGCACUCAGGACCAGCCCUGCCUGGCCUGGAGUGUGAGGCUGGGUGACUGAAGCACGAAGCACAGGACUGUCAUCUUACAGGAGAGAACCUUGGGACCAGAGAAGGCAGGGGGUAGGCCAAGGUCACACAGCCCAUCCAGGACAGGUCCAGAUCUAACCGCUCCACUCUUCCAUUCUGACACACACCCAUGUCCACAGCUCACACUUGUGCACUGACACAAUUCCUUGUCACUUAAGCAGCACACUCAGUUUAUAAGUCAGUUUCACAUCCUUGAUAUAUUUAAGCCUUAUGAAAAUCCUACAAGGCCCUAGCCGGUUUGGCUCAGUGGAUAGAGCGUCAGCCUGCAGACUAAAGGGUCCCAGGUUUGAUUCCAGGCAAGGGCACAAGCCCAGGUUGUGGGCUCGAUCCCCGAUGGGGGGCGUGCGGGGGGCAGCCCAUCAAUAGUUCUCUCCCAUCAUUGUGUUUCUGUCUCUCUCUCCCUCUCCCUU